CUAGACAGCAAAGGUCUUGGCAUUUUAUAAAUAGUUGACGUUGCUAAAUGAUCUACUGAGUGAAAAGUGGAAGCAUUCUUUUUUUCCCUGCAACUGUGUCCCCUGCAUUUAUGAUUGCCGAGCUCUAUGCAUUAUCAAGAUAGCUCAAAGGAUAAAGACUUGCCUAGUACUUCGUUGGACCAACAUGAAGGAAUGGAUAUGGACUUAGGUGAACGUAAAUACAAAAGGUUCAUUUGUGGCGAGGAAGCUCUAAAAAUAUCACCCACAGAGCCUUACUGCUUGCGCCAUCCUAUCCGAAGAGGUCAUUUUAGCAUUUCACAAGAUUAUCCUAUGCAGCAGGUAUAUGAAGAUUUGCAUACUAUCUGGGACUGGAUAUUGGUGGAGAAAUUGCAUAUACCCCAAUCGGAAAGGUAUAUGUAUUCUGCUACUCUUGUGGUGCCAGAGACAUUUGACAAUCGUGGUACAUAUUUGGAUUGCUUUCAUUAUGUUCAGUUGUUUGUAUCCACGAAGAGUUUACUAUUUGUUUUUCCGCUUAUGCAUUUCAUAUGAUUCUCUGUGUUGUAAGUGGAUGCGUGAACAUAUGGUUGAGUAUAAAUAGAGAAAUGAUAGUGUGGUUUCUUCCCAUGCUUCUUCUUUAUGUUUUCCUGUGGUUCAUUGGCUGAUCUUACUUUGGUUUGUCUUUAGGAAUGGAUUUCUUUUUUCUAAUCUAUGAUUGAGAAGUAGUAUACCAUUGCUGCAGCUAAAGAUUACUCUGAAAAAGGACCUUUAGGAUCUUCAGUUAAUGUAAUAAUCUUUACGUUGACAAUACGAAACUAAAAUUUGCCGGGAUUAAUGCUUUUUUGCGUAUUUUUUGCAUCUUGUUGAGCAAUGAGUUGCCUUUUCUUCAGCUCUACAGCAUGGAUCAGUAGUAAAUUAAGUUGGUCAUUUUUGCUUCAGGAGUUUAUACCAGGCACAAUUUGUGUGUCUGCAUUAGAACUUUGGAUAUAAGGUUGAGUCGUAUGUUUGAUCUUAUAUCAACUUCUUCCCACCUUUUUUUUCAAGAACUCUAUGAUUCUUCAGAUGGCUGUGUCAAAUUCAUAUUGCACUAUGGCAUUUCUGUGAGAAAGCAUAAGAUAGAAUAAUUGUAAAAGAGUUAUUGAGGGUUGCCACCCCUUUAAAAAUGAUUCUCAAUAAAAGACCUCUUCAAAAAUCAAUGAAUAAGUUUUGAAGUAAACUUCUCAUUUGCUUCUCCUAGAAACUACUAACAUUUCUCUCCUUUAAAUCAGCAAUAAUACUGCUGGGGGAAUUGAAUGGAAUCCUUCAAUCUCUUCUUCUCCUUGCUUUAUGUUAGCAUGCAUUCUUAUCCAUGCUCGGCGCUCAUUCUUGACCAUGGCUCUUAGGAUCCUAUCCGGACUGUAAGAUCUUAUUUGAAACUUAAGAAAUGAUUCAAAUCUUAUGUAGGACCUUAAUUAGCUAGGAUCUUUACGUGGUCCUGAUCCUAAGCUAAAAAGUCAAAAAUCAAUGCAAUCCCACCGAUCCAAUCUUGACAUACUUCAACCUUGAAUUAUGUGUAUCCUAAAAUCUAUGUAAUGGGAAUAUAGAUUUUUCUUGUGCAUGAA